CACUACACCAGCCAACAGGGGCAGACUCCCAGAGUCCCAGAGCCACUAUAAAUACAGGACAUUCUUCCUUCUACUUCCCCUCAGUUUGUUCUACAACUUGCAUCACCUGCUAAUUACUUUUUUUUUUCCCUUAUAAACCACAGCUACCUAGCUAGCAACCCAUCUCAAUAAAACCACAGAUAAUCUAGAAUUCUGAAUCCAAGGAUACAAAACAGGGCUUUUUCCUUCAUUAAUGAAAACAGGGCAACUUAAUUAAUUACUAAACUCUGUUUCUUUUAGGAAUCGAAAAAUUUUAGUUGUUUUGUGAAAAAAAUUGCAGAAUUAGUUGUUAUUAUCGCUGUUAGGAUGAGGGGAGGUUUUGAUUUCGGUGGUAUUAGUGAUGAUUAUGACGAAGAGGUGGUGGAUGAUGAGGAAGUGAUGAAACCACCUGCAUGGCUGCAAGGUCUAAUGGCGGAGACAUUCUUUGCUGCCUGUGGGGUCCACCUGAACCGGAGGAAGAACGAGAAGAACAUCUUCUGCUUGGAUUGUUGUCACAGCUUCUGCCCUCAUUGCCUUCCUUCUCAUCACUCACACGGCUCAAUUCAGGUGAGGCGAUAUGUUUACCAGAGUGUUGUAAGAUUGGAAGACCUCGAGAAGCUCAUAGACUGUUCCUUCAUUCAGCCAUACACAAUAAACAGUGCCAAAGUUAUAUUCCUAAAUCAGAGAGAGCAAUCGAAGUCUGGCAAGAGCUCUGGCAAUGCUUGUUUAACCUGUGACAGAAUUCUUCAGGAUCCAUUUAGCUUCUGUUCUCUAUCCUGCAAGGUUGAUUACAUGGUAUACCAUGGGGAGGAUAUGACAAGCAUACUAUACAGGAUUGAUGAUGAUCAAUCCGAUUUCGCUGUCUCGCAAUUUGAGAGAUUGCAUGUGGAUUGCCCUGAACUGCUUUAUGAUGAUGGUCAAACUACACCGAAUUCCAUCUUGGAGGACCCUUUAGCAUACAGAUCAGGCUCAACAUGUUCAUACUCUAAUUCAAUGGGCAAUUCUGAAAUUUCAAUGCACCACCACCACAACCAAGAACAUGAUCAGAUGAUGAUGGUCAACAAAACAAAGAAAAAGGGCAGUGGAUUUCUACCUGGAAUUAUAUGCUCAUUGAAUAACAGGAGAAAGAGUGCCCCUCACAGGUCUCCACUGUCUUGAAAGUGAUUUCUCAAAGAAACUCUCAAUGAUUUUAAAAUUGCUACUUCUGGUAGUGAACAUUAUUGUACCAUCUAUUUGUAGUACCAAGUACUAUUAGGUUUAGUCAUAUGUGGGUUUUUUUUUUUUUUUCUUUUGACAUUUUCCUAUGGUGAGAGAGUCUUUGAUCAGUUUGAAGUUGUGAAUCCUCUAUGGGUUCAUUGAUUAGUUUUGGUUUGGUAUGAUAGGCAAUUCCAUUGUUUGCCAUAGGUUGUGGUCAGGAGCCCUGUAUUGGGAAAAUAAGCUGUUGACCAUUGCCAAUUUUGUUUUUGUACCUGGUUUCGUAAUGGUAAAUUGCCUAAAAAGACAUAUCAAGUUUGCUUUAUGUUUAAUGUACAUUUGUACCUUUGUG